GCACCGCGGCGUUCUGCUCCUGCUGCGCCUCGCUCAUCUUCCCCGCCGCCGGCUGAAGGCUGCUGGAGGGCGGGCUGAACCUGCGGCUGGUGCUCGGAUCUACCGGAAUGCGCAUCACAACAAUGUCAGCAAAGAUGAGCAACAGCGCUGCGAGCCCAAUGGCAGCCAGCAGCAGCAGCAGCACGGCCGGACGCUCAUCAGGAAAGGCCACCAGCUUCAUCCCUGAACUCCAGAGCAUGAUGUUUGCUCUGGGCGACGCUCGCCGACCGCUGCACGAGACCGCCGCCCUGGUGGAGGACAUAGUGCACACCCAGCUCAUCAACCUCCUCCAUCAGGCCGCUGAGGUGGCCCUCCUGAGAGGGGCCAGGGCCAUUUCACCAGAGGAUAUCAUCUUUCUAAUGAGGAAAGACAAGAAAAAAUUACGGCGGCUGAUCAGGUACAUGCAGUUCAGAGACUACAAAUCCAGAGUCCUCAAAACCAUCGAAGAUGAAGAAGUGCUGGACUCAGACAAAUACAGCAGCAGCAGCAGCAGCGUCAACAAGAGACAGCGUCUGCUGCAGGACUUCAUGAGCUCCAUCGACCAGACCGGAGAGUUCCUGACGCUGGUGGAGGAAGAGGAGGUGGAUGAAGUCAAGCAGGAGCGGCUGGAGAGAAUUGAGAAGAUGACCAGAAACAUGGAUUCCAGUCAGUACAGCGAUUUCUGUGAGAGCCGACAGCUGAGUUUCUCUAAGAAGGCCUCGAAAUUUCGCGAGUGGCUGGACUGCAGCAGUCUGGAUGUGAAACCCAACGCCGUGUCCAUGGAGAUCCUGUCCUAUCUGGCCUACGAGACGGUGGCCCAGGUUGUUGACCUUGCCCUGUUGGUUAAACAAGAUAUGACUCCCAAAACAGGCGAUCCGUUUCAACACGCCAUAUCAGCAACUUUCAUCCAGUACUGCAACUCCUCGGCCGAGGCUGCAAGCACGAAAAAGGAGACGGAUUCUCCGGAAAACACCCCGCCGUCCACUCCCAGCGGCCCUUUCACCGGACACCAGGGGAAGAUGCACUCCAUGGCCCAGGGCAACGGUGGGCCGAACCAAGAUGGCAGCAGUAAGGUCAAACAGAGGAAGAGGAAGAAGAGCGCGGCGGCCUGUGGCGCGGAGGCUCAGAGCAGUGCCAUCCAACCAGCCCACAUCAGAGAGGCCAUCAGGCGCUACAGCCACAAGAUUGGCCCGCUCUCCCCCUUCUCAAGUGCCUACCGCAGGAACGGGAUGACUUUCCUGGCCUGCUGAGGACGGCUCACGGGGUCCUCCGGACAGGAAGUGAUGCCCGCUGCCGCACAUCCGGAUUGGACGUUUCAGUUCAUAUUUUUUAGGUGGUUACAAAAAGUAAUAAUUUCAUCUUUUUUGAUGAUGAUGAUAUGUAGAACUAGUUUCUGAUGAUUCAUUUAGCUGUAAUACUUUAUUUAUCGUUCAUUGUAAUCUGUAGCUUUUGUAUAUUUUAUACCGUGUCUGUUUGGAUUUACAGGAUUUAAUUUUCUUUUUUUUUUU